GCAGUUUCACUGUGCCUGUUCAAGUUGCUUCUGCUAGUGCCCAGUCAGCCAAACGGAGCUAGGAGAGGCUAAAGGAGUCACUGGUGAUGCAAGCAAUAUAUUACCAGCUCUGAUUAGCUUUUUUUUGAAGGAGGCCACUUGAAAUAAAGAUCCUUUUGUAGUAUGUACCAAAUUGUAAGGAAAAAGGAUCAGUAAUUUAAAGGCUAAAUCUACCAGGAAAAAUGCAGUUUCUCACUGGCUGAACCUGAAGACUACCGCUACUUUUCCUUUACGUGCCAAGCAGGAAGUUUCCUUUAGACAGUAGAUAUUUCUGCUCCAAUGGACAAAGCUCUUCACUUCAUGUUCUGUGUAAUUACAACCUUGCUGCUCCUGAGACAAUCAAGCCAGGCAGGAACUACAAGGAAUGGUGAUGCUGUGAGUAAGGGCACUGACUCAAGGGGACCAGAAGAGGGUCUUCCAACUCUGACUGUCACAACUAUCCUGGAAGAUCCUUACGUCAUGGUGAGAAGUGCCGAACUGGAGGGAUACUGCAUUGAUUUGCUGAAAGCUCUUUCUGCAAUGCUCCACUUCAGCUACAAGGUGAAGGUGGUGGGCGAUGGGCAAUACGGCGCCGUCUCUUCCAAUGGGAACUGGACAGGGAUGAUUGGUGAAAUUUUGAGACAGGAAGCAGACAUUGCAGUGGCUCCGCUGACAGUCACGUCAGCGAGGGAAGAGGUGAUCUCCUUCACCACACCGUUCCUGCAGACUGGGAUUGGAAUCUUGCUUCGAAAAGACACAGUCUCUCAGGAGAUGUCUUUCUUCCACUUCCUGGCUCCUUUCAGUAAGGAGACCUGGACUGGCCUUUUAUUUGCUUAUGUGCUGACCUGCUUCUGCCUCUUUCUUGUUGCCAGACUGAGCCCCUGUGAAUGGAACGAGCCAAAGAACGAAGAGAACCACUUUACCUUCUUAAACAGCCUCUGGUUUGGAGCAGGAGCACUUGCCCUGCAAGGUGUCACCCCUCGGCCCAAAGCGCUCUCGGUGCGGGUCAUCGCUGCUGUCUGGUGGCUGUUCACCAUCGCCUUGCUGGCUGCCUACAUCGCCAACUUCACUGCUCUGCUGAGCUCCGGCAGCGAGCAGCUCCCAAUCCAGACUUUUGAAGAUCUCGUGAAGCAAAGAAAGCUUGAGUUUGGGACACUGGACGGCUCCUCUACUUUCUACUUCUUCAAGAACUCCAAGAAUCCUACCCAUCAGAUGAUCUAUGAAUAUAUGGACAAGAGACGAGACCGUGUUUUAGUCAAAACCUACCAGGAGGCAGUUCAACGUGUGAUGGAAUCAAAUUAUGCCUUCAUUGGUGAAUCGAUCUCUCAGGACCUUGCAGCUGCCCGGCACUGCAAUUUGAUCAGGGCCCCCGAAGUUAUUGGAGCCAGAGGAUUUGGCAUUGCCACUACUCAGGCAUCCCCGUGGACUAAGAAGCUCUCCAUCGCCGUCCUCAAGCUGCGGGAAUCGGGUGAUCUCGACUACCUGCGCAACAAGUGGUGGGAGAGCAGCUGCCUUCACAAGAGCGGAGAGCGGUGGAGUCCCCUGCAGCCCCAGGCUCUGGGCGGGCUCUUCCUCACCCUGGCCGUCGGCCUCGCGCUGGGGGUGAUCGCGGCUGUGCUGGAGCUCUCCAAUCGGAGCAGGCACGCUGCCGGACACGUCAAGAAAUCUUGUUGCUCCGUUUUCACAGAAGAAAUGUGCACUCGUCUACGUAUAAAAGAAAAUACAAGACAAAGCCAGGAGACUUUAGGGAGGGCUAAUGCUUAAGAAUUUUUUGCUUAAGGAAUGGGCAUGUAUUAGGUUUAUACCAUAUAUAUUUCAUAGGAGCAAUGUAGAAAGAUGUUUUUCUGCAAGUCUAGAGUGUUAGUUUUCUAAUUACAAACACACACAGAGAGCACUUCUGGAUUGGCGGUGGAGCUGGAUACAGAAGAAAAUUAAAUGGCUUGGAAGAAUUUAAAUGGAUAAGGGGUAGAGUCUAACUGUUACUGGGAAGGGAGGUUAACAACUUGGUAAAAUAAAGUGGAGAUGGCUAA